CAGCCUUGGACGAUCCCUGUGGCCCCUUCAUGAUCUCGGAAGUGCACACUUUGCUACUGAGGAGCCUGUGCCCAGCCUGCAGGGACUUCCUCUCCACUCAGCUCUUCCCCACUUGGAUUAUGCUGCGCGACAUAAUGAACGUCACACUCGUCCCGUUUGGCAACGCAAAGGAGACCAAAACGGCAGGCAAGUGGAAGUUUGACUGCCAGCACGGCCAAGAGGAGUGCCUAGGGAACACGAUGGAGGCCUGCCUCAUCCACCUGCUCCAGGACGUCAUUCUUUACUUCCCGGUCAUCUUCUGCAUGGAGUCAGGCAGCGACGUUGUGGGGAAUCUGCCGCUGUGCCUGAAGAUUUAUGCUCCUGAGGUGUCUUUGGCCAAUGUCACGGCCUGUGUGCAUGGAGACCUGGGCAACCAACUGAUGCACCGGAAUGCGCUUCUCACCAUGGCCCUGAAACCGCCACACCAGUAUGUGCCGUGGAUAGUCAUCAAUGGGAAGCACACAGAAGCACUCCAGUCUCUGGCCAUGGAUGCCCUUUUUAGGCUGGUCUGCAACUUAUACAAGGGAGAGUUGCCUUCAGCCUGCCAAGGAAAACUCCAAGCCCUGCCUUCUCCAUCCCCACAAAAUAUGUGCCUGAGAGAUGGAUUUCAGGCCACCUUCCCACCCCUUGGCUGACCCCUGGAGCCACAGAUGCCCCUCUCGCCUGAGACAGGCCGGCAAGAACCCUUCCUCCUCCCUGUCUCUCAUGUGGCUGGGCCUCUGGGAGACCAGCAGCCAUUUGCAAUGUCGCAAAAGCCAAGAAGUAGCCGGUCCCUCUGCCUAAAUCUCCACGGAAGAGAAAUGGAAGAAGGAUCCUCUCUUCGUUCCUCUUGGUGCUUCAGCAAGCCAGCAGGGGCUGGAUGAGAGGGAUCGUGUUACUGUGUUUCCCCGAAAAUAAGACAGCGUCUUAUAUUAAUUUUUGCUCCCAAAGAUGCGCUAUGUCUUAUUUUCAGGGGAUGUCUUGUUUU